CUGUUCUUAAUUAUUCCAUGAUGAAUUUUUUUGAUGAAAUUUUAUAUGAUAUGGAAGCCAAAAAAUCAUACUGUGGAUACGUGGAUCAGAUGAUGAAUUAAACAAUGUUUAUUCUUAAAGUAAACGAUAUCAUUUGGUUGAUUAAAAGCGUUUAAUUAUGAACAAUAUAUUGCAUGUAAGCAGCUUGAAAUUUUCACCAUGAAAUAAUUAAAACAAAUUCUAAAGUUAUCAUUUUUCUAACUGAUUUGCGAAGUCACAGAAUAUAUGAUAAAAUUUCGUAGUAUAAUUAUCAAUAGUUGGUGAUCUGUUGAUUUUGUUUAUUGCACUUAAAUUUCUAUUUUUCAAAUUUUUUGAAUAAUUUAUUAUUCUCCAACAUAACAUUUUAUUAGUCUUAUAUAAAUAUUGAUAGUAUUAAUAAUUUACUACUAAUAUUUUAUGAAAUACAGUAAGUAUCCACUAAAACACUAUAUAAAUAAACAUUCCUAAUAAUAAAAUUUGUAGUAUUUAUUAGUGCUAGCUAGGGAAUAAAGUACCGAUGGCGGGAAUAGCAGAGGAAGCACCGCCGCCGGUGGCGGAGGAGGAGGAGGAGAACGUAGUGGCAGAGCUGGGGUUGUACAAGGGGCAAGUCAAAUUAGUAAUCGAUUGUGAAGAAGAAAUAAUGCUGCUGUGGGCAAUCCAGCAGCCCAUCUUCUCCAAAAACAAUGCUUUUGUCAGCCAAUCAUCUCUUCAACUCAAAAUCGACGCUUGCGGCCGUUCUCUCUCCAUUCUCCAGUCCCCAUCUUCUCUGGGCACUCCUGGAGUAACUGGGUCUGUGAUGUGGGACAGUGGCAUCAUUCUUGGGAAGUUUCUAGAACAUUCUGUUGAAUCUGGAAAGAUUUCGCUCCAAGGGAAGAAUGUGGUUGAGUUGGGCUCCGGCUGUGGAUUAGUCGGCUGCAUUGCUGCUUUAUUGGGAGCUCGUGUAAUUCUGACUGACCUGUCUGAUCGACUGAAGCUGCUGAGAAAGAACGUUGAGACCAAUCUCUAUGGAGACGAGCGAGGGUCUGCAAGAGUGGAAGAGCUAACAUGGGGAGAUGAUCUAGACAAGGAUUUCACUGACCCUUCACCUGAUUUUGUGAUCGGCUCAGAUGUUGUAUACAGCGAAGGCGCUGUGGUCGAUCUGAUGGAAACGCUUGUAGAACUUUGUGGGAAGCAAACAACUGUCGUCUUGGCUGGAGAGCUUCGCAAUGAUGCUAUCCUGGAAUACUUCUUGGAAGCUGCUAGUAAAGAGUUCGUUGUUGGGCGAGUCGAUGAAGGCCAAUGGCAUCCAGAUUAUCGCAGUUCACGCGUUGCUAUAUAUGUUUUGGUGAAGAUAUAGAGAUAUUGAACAAGUCGUUAAGUUAUAUAGAAAUUUACUUGAAUUCUCCAAAGCUAGAUGGCCUUUUAAAUUUCGCAAUCUUGUUCAAUAUCUAAAUCCACAUUUCAUUAUCCUCCUUUGCCAUUCCAUUCUCUCCAAA